UUAUAUCUAACGUAGGUCAGGGAUGGAGUUAGAAGAUUGCGUUAGCUAGCAACGUGAAAUUGCCAGUACGAAACUAAUGCAUGGUCAUACAUUUGUAUUUGGAGCUCACAGAUUUGUCACGAAUGUCCAGUUGUAUUUGUAUUGGCCGAGAUUCCUUGUCUAAUUUUAACAGCCCAUCCAGCUAGCAUUUGGAGGGGCAGUUUUGCAAGCCACAACAGCUCUGUUGGUUAGCUAGGCAGCUAGCUAGCUAGCUAGUAUACCCUCGAUAAUUAAUAACUAAUCAAUAUGGCAAGUGUGGAGUCGUCAAUGGAAUUCACCAGUUCGCUGACUCUCUCGUCUCAUCUCCCGCCACCACGGACACGGAUUUUCAAGAUAAUAGUGAUUGGGGACUCCGGGGUGGGCAAGACCUGCCUCACCUACCGAUUCUGUGCUGGCAAGUUUCCGGAGAAAACCGAGGCCACUAUCGGGGUGGACUUUCGGGAGAAACUUAUCGAGAUUGACGGCGAGACAAUCAAGGUCCAGCUAUGGGACACGGCGGGCCAGGAGCGCUUUCGUAAGAGCAUGGUACAGCACUACUACCGCAAUGUGCACGCUGUGGUGUUUGUGUACGACAUGACCAGCGCCGCCAGCUUCCGCAGCCUCCCGAACUGGAUCGAGGAGUGUAAGCAGCACGCCCUGGGCCAGGAGGUCCCGAGGAUCCUGGUGGGGAACAAGUGUGACCUGCAGAACUCUGUCCAGGUGGGCACGGACUUGGCCCAGCAGUUUGCAGAUGCCCACUCUAUGCCCCUGUUCGAGACGUCCGCCAAGAACCCCAGCAGCGACGGUAGCGGAGACAGUAUCCGGGGGAGUAGUGAUCAUGUGGAGGCCAUCUUCAUGACGGUGGCCCACAAGCUGAAGUCCCAGAAGCCUCUGAUACUUAGCCAGCUGCCCAGGGGGGUGUUAGGGGGGGACACGGUAACCCUGAUAAGGGGGAGGGAUGAGGGCGAGGAGAAGGUGAGCUGGACCUGCAGCUGCUGAGAGAGGAGGGGUGAGAGAGCAUCGGAGGAAGCAAGAGAGGGAGGUUAGGGGGAGAUAAAGGAAGGACUAUUAUCAUAUAGCGUAAACAUCUCAGUGGUAUGGGAAAGAAAAAGAUCAAAAGGGAACUUGUUUGAAAUGAAUCUUGUUGACUGGUUCCACUGAACUGUGUUUGAGCUAGAAUACUGUGAGUUUGCCUGAUUGAUGUACAACAUACUCGAUUUACAUGUAGGAAUAAUGCACACAUACCUCUCAUAGUUUACAGCAGGCUAUAUCAGUGCACAUCACUCAGGUGUUUCUGUACCAAAAUUCCCAUCCAUAGGGUUUAUAAUUGUGCCCCUGCAUAAAGCAGACAACUAUAAAAUGGUUUCCUAAGCAAAGUUACAUUAUGCUGCAUGUCUUACAAUAUGUCACAUCUAUAAAACAACUAUUACAAAAUACAACAAAUACAUUUCUAAGUAACCACACACGUAUUCAAUCCGCUCUACCCUAGUGUGUUGUCAUCCAAAAUGCCUUUACUAUGGUCAUCAUUGCUUUGUGUGUGUUUGGAUCACAGCCGGUCCUGUGGUCCAUCGCAAGUGUGUGAGUUUCAGCUUUACGUGUGUGACUGUGAGAAAGAUGUGUGGCAUAACAUCAGAGAAAUGUGCAAUAAAGUACUGUGAGUGAAACACAACGUGAUGCUGCACUUACCACUCCUCCUGAUGAGAUCAUUGUUGAUGUGGGGCAAAACUUGUCAUUAUUACCUCUUCAUAAUCUGCUUUGGUGAAAGCUGCAGUCCGGGAUCUUAAGCACAACAAAUUUGUAACAUAUCGUACGAAUUGGACCCCCCAAAAUGUGUACAUAUUUUUUGUUGUUGCAGGAUGUAACAUCAUACUAAAUGGAUGACGGAGUACACAAUUGGAUGACUGCUAUCAAUGCAUCUUUAUCUUUACAAUAAGUCUGUAAAAUGUGUCAAAAAGAGUUUAAAGAACAGUACCUGUGUUAUUGCCUAUUAAGCUUAGCUAACGCACCUGAGGGGUAUACGACAAAUAAGGUUCAAUGAAUUAGCCAGCUAACUUUUUUUUUUUUUUUUUACAAUUUACUUAUUGUUACUUAAAGCUAAACUAAGAGUUUUAGUUGAGUCGUUUAGACCAGGCACAUUUCAAGAUUAUCCUUCAACAUUAUUUCAGGAUAUCUAGGCAAGUUAGCUAGCUAACUCCUUGAUCCUGCUUGUUUGGACAUGGGACAGUUGCAAUGAAAACCCACCAGUGAAAUAACCCUCUAAUGAAGACUUGUGACUGUGUUUAUGUACUGUAUGUUAGAUUACCAGUAAAUCUUGUCAUAAAAUGAUUAUAGCCAGUAGAACACAGAUGCCGCAUCACAGUAAUCAGCUGCUCUAAAGUACCGUGGGCUCAGAUAAUGGCCUUUUCUCAGGAUACAGUUAGAAAUUAAUUACAAGAUUAAUAUUCACUCUGACCUGUUGCGCUUAGAUUGGUCUUCAACACUAGACACAGAAAAUGGUAGGCUUUAUCAAUUGCCUUGCACUCUUGUUUUACUUUCAUAUGGUCUUUAGUGUUAUUUUGUAAUGUGUUGGUGCUCUCUGCAGUUCAUACAUUUAAGUUCAUUUUAUUUGGACUUUUUGAUAGAGGUAUGUGUACUGCGUGAUAGCUCUUUUCAAGUGACCCGAUAAGUAUGUUUGAGAAAGGCGCCAUGUAUUGCGUCGAGAGACAGAACACAUCAGGUCUGAACUUUUGGGAACACAAAAAGGGAGUGAAGCCUUGCAUUACAAAUGUGUAGCCUUACAAUAAAGCAUUCUGUACAUUUCAAGGCAUUGUUAUUUCAUGAAAACAUGUCUGUGGUACGGGGCGGUUAAAGAAAGAUCACCAAAAAAACAUUACA